CGAAGCCAACGACUAUCGGCAACCAGGAGCUCUGAAAACGAUUGCGAAAAGCACCCUUCGUCCCGAAAACAAUCCUCCGCCCUUGCCCUCAGCGGAUUCUCCAUGCCUUCCUGUCCUCGUUGUCGCGACAAGGCGCUUUCCUGCCUUUCUAGCCCGGGCGCCAAACGCUGCUCCGAGUGCGUGCUGGCAAACAACGCUCAGUGCGGGUUGGAGGGCCCAGACAUUCCCUCCCUACAGCGCGAGAAAACGGAACUGGACGCAGAGCGCGAAGCCGUCGUCGCAGCCCAGGAGGCAAACGCGCGACGGGCUCGUCGCCUUCGGAAGCGCGAACAGGCUUUUGAGAAGAAAAUGGCGAGGAUCCUUUUCCACGAGGCGGCCGCUGUUUCUGAGCUGGAGGAAGAAGAGCGGCUGGAGGCCCAAGCGGCUCCCUCUUCACUGCCCCUCUCCCCCGGCUGGGGGGCAGCGGACAUUGACCAGGUGCUGGCUCUUGGCUCUCCCGACCCCUUGACUCCCCUACCCUCGGGCCAGGCCUGACGGCAAGGCUCUUCUGCUCUAUCUGCGCGCCCGCGUUCGGCGUUUCGAAGUUGUCCCUGUAGGCUCCUUAGGCCGAUCUGGAUUUUGCUGGUGGAAUUCUUGGAUCUUUUCCGGGCAACUCAGUAGUGAAACUGGUUCCCACGAGUUUUCCUCAUUCCCACAGUCGAGCCACUUAAUGAGAUA